AUGGCGGCCACGACACAGAGCCAGUCGGCCAUACUAGGCUUGAUGGUCGUGAUCGUCAUCCGCGCCAAGAACCUGCCCAACCGCGUCAAGAUUGGCAAGCAGAAUCCGUAUUGCACCUUGACGUACGGCAUGCACAAGAAACGUACUGAAACAGUCGAACGAGGCGGUCAGCAACCGACGUGGGAUGCCGAGUUUCGGUUCGAGAUCCUCAGGGAUUCAGCCGAGCAGACCAGUGCGAUCAGUGGGGCGACUGUCAACAAGCUCGGAGGGGUGGCCAGCGCCGCAGGUACGGUCUCUGACGACGGCAAAGUGUUGUCAGGCUUCACCAACACCGCGCCUGCAGCUGGGACGAGCGCGCUCAAUGCCGACACGCGGGGCAGAAAGAUACUCAAACUCGCCUGCUGGGCCGACGAUCCCAAGGACCCCAAGCUGGUGGGCGAGGGUUUCUUGGAGUUGGACCCGACGAUCAAAAAGGGGGCAUUUGAUGGUCAGUGGCUGCCCUUCGCUGUCUCUCUCACCAUCCUUCAUCAUUUCAAGCGACCAAUCCUGAUUCUUCCUUCUUCCGGCUCCGGCUGCGCCCUCCCCCCCCCCCCCCCCCCCAGACUGGGUCAAGCUCGAGCGGAAAGGACGGUACGCGGGAGAAGUCUAUCUCGAGCUCACGUGGUACCCCAAAGUCCGUGGCGUAGCUUGAAGAUACGCCUUCGAGGAAGGCGUGUGCUGAAUCUUCGAUCGGUCUGCAUGAUCUUAGGACCCACCGCCUCAGAAGCCACGUCGACAUGCACCCAUCUCAACGCUCGCGACAGGGGGCGCCUACGGGGGUCCGGGAGCCCGAACGGGCGAUGUCUCGGACGACGAAGGGUCUCUGCCAAGCCCCCGGAAGAACUCGCGGGACUUGGGUCGCGUCGUUUCGGUUAGUGCCGAGUAUCGCUAUGCGUAUGGCCUCGGAUUGAGUCCUCAAGCUUAUCGCCAGCGGAUCUCUGACCGUUCACCUGCAGCAGGCGAGCGAGGCUUCUCCGCUCGGCGACUACCCGGAUGCCGAUCUUGCUCCGCUUUCCCACUCGUUUUCACAUCUCAACGUCAGCCAGAGUCGACCCCCGCUGCCCGCAACGCCUGAGGGGCCUCCGCUCGCCCAUCGUGUCUAUGACCACCCGCAAGCAUACGAUCGCCCCGAUGCACCGGCGAACUACCGCCAGCCGCCACCCACAACCGCGCAAACGACAAGCCAUAGCACUUAUGCUGCACCUUCUCAUGUGCUUCCUUAUGCACCACAACCACAAUCGCAGCCCGUACCUCUAGUCACUUACCGGGCCUCCUACGACCACCCUGGCGGGCCGGCAAUGAUGCUUCAAUCGCGAUUGCAGUACCCGCACCUCAUUCCGCCGAGGCAAGACCAGGGCUACGCGUACUACCAAGAAGGGGCGACAGCUACGCCAUGCCCGGGUCAAUUCGAGCAAGCUCCUCUUCAGCCCUAUGAGAGGCCUCAUCGUAAGUUUGCUGCGCUAUAGUUUUGUUUGACAUCGUCGCGUUUGUCUCCCUGACCGGGUGCGCAAACUCCCAGACCAAUACCAGCCUCAUUUCGAAGCUCAUCACAAUAACGCAGGUCACGACCCGGAUCUCUAUCCAAGCUCUGUUCCGCCACUGCCACCUCGCCACAUUAGCUAUUCUGGCUACCCGUACCCUGCUACAGUGCUGUCCGCGCCUCCGCUAAUGCCCGCUCAGCAGGGGUGGGCCGCGCCUCCUGCCCAAUCGCCGUCCCCGGGCCCCGUAGCACCGCCGCGACCCCAUUCGACGUCCAGCGUGUUCCCGGCAUAUGAAACGCACGGCUAUGCCCAACCUCCGCCGCCCACAUCGCAGGCCUUUGCGGGCUACGAGCAGCCGGUGCAGCACGCGCAGCACCAUUACCCACAGCCGACGGACGACUACGGGCGAUAUGUUGGCUCGAGUGCUCCGCCCCCGCCGCACUCGAUCGCGAAUCUUCCACCACCACUUGCGCACUCGUACAAUGAUGCUAUUGGUCAGACCGUGUCGGCGCCCUAUAAUCACGCCUAUCCACACCCGCCCGCGCCGGCGCCUCCGCCUCCGCCUCCCUCGUUCCCUCCGCCACCGCCUGUACCGUCCGCUGUUCCGUACCAUGCCCACGCUCCGGCCCAUCCCUACGGUCAUAUCCCGCCCCCUCCUUCUGUCCAGCACGCCUUUUCAAUGGGAACGGUCGUACAUAACCAGGAGUACUACCCCGAGGCCUCUGGCUAUGCUCUAGGCCGUGCGGCCGGACCGGGACAAACGGGACAAAACUACGGGCCCUCACCUGCGGCACAUGCUACCGAGCCUUUUUUGCCGCACAAUCCUUAUGCUGUUCAACGGUCAUAG